AAAGGAAAUUUGGAGGGGAAAAGGGCGCCCCCACCAUUGGAGUCCGCCUUCUUCAUCGCACCAACUUUCCAAGUGCCCUUGUUUCCUUUACUUGCAGUUUGCAUCCAGCAAAAGGAGACCGAGGAGUAGCCUGUCUUCUCCACCCCACCUCCUCCUCCUCCUUUCUUCUUCCCUUCACCCGUCGUCCUUUCCACGACUCUUAGAUCGCCUGUCGCUUCUGCUUCGAUUGCUCUCCCUCUUCCAUCUCUUUGGGUUUCGGGAUCUUUCUAAAAGCGGCUCCUGUUUUGCUUCCGCUCGAAGGAGGGACGCAACUCGUUGCGUGGAAGAGGCACAAUUGCGGUAUUCGUUGCUUUGAUCUUUGGAAGUCUAUGGUUUUUCUGAUUCUGAAAGGAAAGAGACCCGAUUUGGAGUUGUUCACUGGUGGGCUUUGAUAAGGGAUUUCGUCGCCGGAGUUUAUCGAAGGAAAUCUUGUGUUCUUUUGAGUGGAGAACGAGGGUUUGAUCUCUUUCUGGUUUUGAUGGUGUUUUGAGGGAGGAAGUUGUUGAAAGGAAGUAAACUUAGUCUUCCCGUGGGGAUUUUGGGCGGAAUUCUAAGAGAUCCGAAGAAGAACUAGGGUUUUGUUUCUGUAGUUGUUUAAUCUCGUCAUUUUGAUCGGGGUUUGAGGCGGAAAAGCAACGAGGGGUGAUAAGAGUGUAAACACUUGCUUCAAGGAGAACUGGGGCGAUUUUCUGGGCGGGUGUUUUAGACGGAAUUUUUGAUGGGUAAGGGAUUCAACGGUGACAAGAGAUCGGUGUAUCACCGGAACUUCAAGGACAAGGCUAGGAACAGGGUUGAUGAUCUGGAGGGGGUCUUCACGAACUUGCAAAGUGCCAGGAAGGAGAGCCGUACGAGUGAUGUGGCCCUUCUGGAAGAGCAGGUUCAGCUGAUGCUGCGGGAGUGGAAGGCCGAACUGAACGAGGUCUCACCGGCGAACUCGAUGCUGGAAGCAAGUAGGGGUUCGUCAGCUCUCUCCUCUGAUAUCCGUCGGCUGUUGCAGCUAUGUGAAGAGGAUGACGAUGCCACUAGCAAGUUAGCCCCUGCUCCAGUAAGCCCCAAAAUUGAGGAAUAUUACAUAGGUCACACGCAGCUUGUGCCCGAAUUUCAGGAAGUGGUGGAUAAAUUGGAAUGCUCCCCUGGAGGGGGGUUGCAGCAUGCUACUGGCAGUGAUAACAUGGGAACAACCACGGGACUGGAUCAAUUUCACUUUGAUUUGCAUCAUGAUUUUCCGGAUGAUAUUUGCAUUAGUUUCCCAGAUGCUAGCAAUCAGCAAGUUGAAGAAUGUAUUCUUGAUGUUCCUGGUGUCAGCCCUCCACCAGCAGCCUUUUUGGGCCCAAAAUGUGCACUUUGGGAUUGCCCUAGGCCUUCACAAGGAUCAGAAUGGUGUCCAAAUUACUGCAGCAACUUUCAUGCUAGCCUUGCUUUGCAAGAGGGCCCACCUGGGAUGAAACCAGUUCUUCGACCUGGUGGGAUCGACCUGAAAGAUGGUCCUUUAUUUGCUGCAUUGGGUGCUAAAACACAAGGAAAGGAUGUUGGUAUUCCUGAAUGUGAAGGCGCUGCAACAACAAAGUCACCGUGGAAUGCCCCUGAGCUGUUUGAUCUUUCUGUUCUGGAGGGAGAAACACUUAGGGAAUGGUUGUUCUUUGACAAACCCAGAAGGGCCUUUGAAAGUGGGAACCGGAAGCAGCGGUCACUGCCAGAUUACAGUGGCCGUGGUUGGCAUGAAUCAAGGAAGCAAGUGAUGAAGGACUUUGGAGGCUUGAAGAGGUCAUACUACAUGGAUCCACAACCAGUUGGCCAGUUCGAGUGGCACCUUUAUGAAUAUGAGCUGAAUAAUUAUGAUGCUUGGGCACUAUAUAGGUUGGAGCUCAAGAUGGUUAGUGGGAAAAAGAAUUCCAAAGGGAAGGUAAAUGCCGAUCCACUUUUGGACUUGCAGCAGCAAAUGGAUAGGCUCUCAGCAGAGUUUCCUCUGGAGAGCAAAAAGUCUGUGAAGCCACGGUCAAAGAGUACCCAUCAAGGCAGUAUCGCCAAUACACAAUUGGCUUCUAACCAGGCGACUCCAUUAUAUGAGGGCUUUGGAUAUGAGGCAAAUUAUCAAUUUGCAUAUUAUGCUGAUGCCUAUGAUGACCAUUAUGGGACCUAAGUAAGGUCUUCAACAUUUUGUUUUUCUGGUGAUGCCCUUAGCUAGAAAUAGCACCAACUAAUUAUAUUUGCUAACCUGUUUUGCGGGUGUGGAUCCUUUAAAUCUGCCCUAUAUUGGUGUCCCAUGGGGCUUCAUGCAUGGUUUGUAACUGUGCAUGUAUGUUUCAUCUUAAUAUUGUAUUACCUUCAAGCAUGUUCCCAGAGGGCAGGCAUAUGGUUCUAUGUGAGUCUGUCAAGAGCAUGCUGUUGGGGCCAGCUAUCCUUUCGUUGUGUUCAUAUUUCUUUCCGAAUUCAGAAUGGUGGCUAGCUUUCAUGACUGGCACAUUUUUCUUUUUGUUAUUUCCCUUUGUACCUGUUGGAGCUUUAGUAAUAAUGGACUAGAGGUAGUGUAUAGUCAAUUCCCUAUUCCAACUUAA